AUGUCCAGUUCGGAGUUUAUCUGCCGGUAUGCGGCCGGUGAACGAGACCUAGUUGCAAUUCCUGUGUUCCCCUCUAGGGCAUUUCGUCAUAGUUGUAUUGUGGUCAACUCGAGCAUCAUCUCUAAACCAUCCGAUCUCAAUGGAAAAAAGAUAGGUGUUCAGGUCUACACUAUGACCGCUGCUGUUUGGGUCCGAGGGAUACUGCAGGAUGCAGGGGUCGACCUAUCUACGAUUACUUGGGUUGAGGGAGACCUAGUCCAGCCUGGUUCCCACGGAAAAGCAAUGCCAAAGCCACUCCUCCGACCGAUUGAGCGAGUCCCGAAUCAAAGCCCAAAGUCGCUCAGUCAACUACUCGAAGAUGGCGAGAUUGCAGCCACAGUCGGUGCACACGCUCCACCGUGUCUCGGACAUGCACCUCAUAUCCAACGUUUAUUCCCGAACAUUCGUGAAACCGAGAAGGGGUAUUAUCAAAGAACUGGAAUAUUCCCUAUCAUGCACCUUGUUGUCAUAAAAAGUGAUAUUGUGGAACAGCACCCAUUCGUCCCGCGCAGUAUUUUUCAAGCCAUGAAUGAGUCUAAGAACAUGGCUCUGCGCUCGAUGAGGUUCCUUUCCACUUACCGGUAUAUGUUGCCGUUCCUCACGUCUGAUAUAGAUGAGAUCGACUUAUUAUUUGGUGGCGAUCCAUGGCCUUAUGGAGUUGAGUCUAAUCGCACGGCUUUGGAGGCACUUGUGAACUUGUUGUAUGAGCAAGCCAUGAUUUCUCGCAAAAUUGCGAUUGAUGAAAUAUUUGUUGGCUCCUAUGAAUAA